AUGGAAAACUACGGCGAGAAAAUGGACUUUGAAUGCGAGAAUGUUAUUUCAAUACGAAGAACUUAUCGGUCGAGCUCGGAAGAAAACUGUGGCAGCCACUCGCACAAUAGUAACAACAGCAACAGUAGCACCAGCAGGGUGCUCGAUAUUGACAUGGGUAAUGAGCAUGGCAAGCCGCGCUUGGGCUUAUAUCGAUGUGACAAUAUUUCCCUUGCGCUAGAAGAUGAGUAUUCCAGCUCGCCUGUCUCACAGGAGGAGGACGAGAAGGAUCGCAAGAAAAAGAAGAAAAGGGAUGACAAGUUCUGGAAGCGCAAGAAGGAGAAAUAUUUCGACCUAAGCGACGAUAAACGCGCAGUGAAGACGGAGAACGAACGCGCUGGUGGAUUUUCAUCCACCCCGGCCAGUCCAAUGUCACCUGUCAUCCUUUUCCCAGACCGAACAGAAGAGCAUCUGGAGCGACUGAGCGAAAGCGACAUUCAGCAGGCUCUCAAGGCGGCAGAAAACGAAAAAUUCUCAAGCUCGGUGGCAGAAGAACUCUCCGGAGUGCGCGUUGACAUUGAUAGAAAAAUUGAAACGUACGAGAAUCUGACUCCAGCUGAGCUGCGAAAUGCAGAGUUCCAGGCGAGCAGGCUGAGGAAGAAAGAGAGCUUUUUGGCUCAGAGUCAGAUGAUCCACCGGAUCAAAUCUCAACUGGGCAGAAUUUCCAAAGAAGCCAAGAUUGAAGAUGAGCUGCCGCUUGAGCCACCGGAAGAAAACGCGAAGCUCUUGCGCUGGGUUGAGCAGUUCAUCCCUUCGGAACAUAAAGCGCACGUGAGCGCGCGACUCAAGCACCUGCUGCUCGAGAAAAACGCAGCUGAGUGUAUUUGGGAGUCGACAGAAGCCAGCUCCGGGCACGUGGUUGUACAGCGCGAUGUUCGCCAGAAGCGCAGAGAGCAAGAGGCGAAGAGCUUCUCAAUCAUUACUGAGCGACGGCUGGACGGAGAAGCCUUUGAAAUAGAGACAGAUAGCGGUGAAUUAGAGUUGCCAACGAAGAGCAACGGUGCGGCUCAAGAAUGCGCAGCAUACGUGCUAGGAUCUCUCCUAGAGGGCUCGAUGAACUUGGUAAAAGAAAAAGAGAGACUCAACGAAGAAGCGCUAGAAAAAGAAUCAGAAGAAAUUGCGAGCAAUCUUUUGGCGAAUCUUCUCAAUUCUGCGAUCAAGGAUACGAAAAAAGAGCGCCUGCAUCAGGAAGCAUCUGAAAUAUCAGCAUCUAUUCUUGAAUCAAUCGUGGACAAUGUACCACAUGCGAGCUCGGAGAAGACGAUAAACGGACUCGUGGACGAGAUCGUCAAUCUCGCUGUAGACAAGGCGAGAAACGCGGCUUUUUGUCGGCGGAUCUUGGACGACGUGGUCGAUCAGCUUCAGUAUACAAAACUCAACGAGAUUGGAAUACAGUGCCAUCUCCCUAGCCCAACAAUGAGCCCUAAAUUGCCGAGAAAAGAGAAGAGCUUUUGUUUAACUGCUUCAAGAACAUCACCGCCGCCAUUGCCACCAAAACCUAAUUCGUUACCUCAAGGACCAACUCCUCCUCUUCCUCCUAAAACUUCCAGUAAUCCAGCACCACCUCCUCCCCCUCCACCGGCACCUCCAGCUCCAUUCCAGAACGCCGGAGGUCCUCCUCCACCCCCUCCACCUCCAGGAUGUACCCCUGGAGGCCCUCCUCCACCACCUAGUUGUGUGCCAGGUGGUCCUCCGCCGCCUCCACCAGCUCCUGGAUGCAUACCAGGGGGGCCUCCUCCUCCCCCACCCGGACCAUCAGGUCCCGGUGGUCCUCCUCCACCACCUCCUCCUCCUGGAUGUGUUCCUGGAGGGCCACCUCCGCCACCAUGUCCACCUGGAGCUGCUGGUGGACCGCCGCCCCCUCCUCCUGCUCCUGGAAUGGCAGGACCUCCAGGUGGACCGCCUCCACCUCCAGGAGCUCCGGGAAUGCCUCCUAUGAUGGGUAUGGCACCAGUUGCUCAAGCUGGUCCAAGAAAACCAACUCUUCAGCCGAAGCAACGAAUGAAGCCUCUUUAUUGGAAUCGGCUGCAAGUGCACGAGUUACAGAAAAGGCGAAUAGAUCCAUCGACUCUUCUUUGGGAUAAACUUCAAGAAGUCGAACUUAUCCAAGAGAGUGUGCUCGAGGCCGAGUUCAGCCAGUCGGCAAAUAUAGUAAAGCCAAAAGCGAAAAAGGUCGAAAAACCAAAGAAAAUUCAACCAGUGAAGCUUUUGGAUCCAAAACGGUGGCAGUCCGUUGGCAUUUUUAUGUCAUCUUUGAAAGUGGACGUUGAUUCUUUGAGAAGUGCACUUGUCAGCAUGGAUACGAAAUGCGACAUGGAUCUCCUGCGCGGUGUUUAUGAGCUCAGGGGAAGCAAAGAAGAACUCACCGAGAUCAAAAGCUAUCUGAAGGGACAAGAAGAGUUACCUGAAGAGAAGCGCGUCCCCGUUGACAAGCCCGAGACAUUUCUGCUCAAACUUGAUGCGAUUCCUCAAUUCGACACACGUGUUGCUUGCUUUAUUUUCCACGAAACAUUCAUGGAGAAUACGGAGGCUGUUGACUCUAAACUUAUCAUGCUCAAUGACUUGGUGAAAAUAUUCAGAACAGGUGAAGAGAUCCGCCGCAUACUUGGCAUGGUGCUCAGGAUAGGCAAUUAUCUCAAUGGAGGCAACCGCACGAGGGGACAAGCAGACGGCUUCAAAUUAGACGUUCUGCAGAAAAUCCGCGAUGUUAAAAUGAACAACGGAGGAACUAUGUUGACUUUCAUUGUACGCCAAUACAUCACUGUGUUCCAAGACGACUAUCUUGAAACUGCGACUUGUCCUGUGCCGAAUAUCACCAAAAUUCUCAAAGUCUCUCAGCUAGAAUUCGACCAAUUCACGCGUGAUACUACCAAAUUGCUUCGAGACCAUAAGAAAUGCUCUGAUAUGCUGGCCACUGUGGAAUUAGAAGCAUCCGAGGAUGACAAGGAACCAUUUUACUCGUCGACGAAAAAAAAACUUGAAACUGCCCGGACGAAAAUAGAUUCACUCGGUCUCGACAUAACAAAAGCUCGCAAGAAUUUCCGGGCACUCAUGGAUUUCUACGCUGUCCAGCCAAAGAAACCAAAUGUCGACCCAGAGCCGAAAGAAUUCUUCGAUCUAUGGACUUCGUUUUGUGCUGAAUUCAAGGAUAUUUGGGAGCGCGAGAUAAAAUUGGCGAUGAAGCGCAAAAAACAAGCGGAGGUGAAGAAAGCUCAAGAACGAGUUGAAUUCAUCAGGAGGCAACAAAACUCGGACCGAAAAUCGCUCAAUUCCAACUCUUCGCCAAAAACUGGCGACAAACCAACAAGUCGCAAGAGCGGACUAAAGUCCCGUCUUCGUGAAUCCCGAACAAUGGACUCGAUCCCCACCUAA